UACGAGUCAUAUAGACGCCCAUACUAUAUCCAGUGUAGGUUCGCAGAAUAGUACAGCCUGGGCCAAGGCCCACGACCUUUAACUGGAUCUGAUCUACAUUUCUCUGUUAACCUUAUAUCACUUUAGUACGAAGCUCAUUGAGAAAGCACAUGAUGGAGAACGACGAUGUGAGCACAAGAGACUUACCAGACGAUUUGACGCCCUUUAUCACUCAAACAACUCUUUACCCUGUUAGUGGAGGUGGAUUCGGCGAUGUCUGGAAAUGCAAUUGCAAUCAUGAUGCAAAUGGUAUCCCUACCCUCGUUGCGGUCAAGGCCUUCAGACUUCCAGAGCGUUACGAUUUAGAGAAGAUCAACAGAAAAAUAAGCCGAGAAAUUGGCAUAUUGAAGAUUCUACGCCAUAAAAACAUUGUACCCUUGUGGGGUAUAGCGACAGGAUUUGGACGUAUGCCAGAGUUGCGCUGCUUAGUAUCUCCGUGGAUCCCAAACGGCACGUUGAAUGAUUACCUACAAUUUAACCACGAUGAUCUAACAGUCCUGGACCGCUCACGUAUGCUAGAGGAUGUCAGCACUGGACUUUAUUACCUACACUCAGUUCCUGUCAUGCACGGAGAUAUAACAGGGGCAAAUAUCCUGAUCGAUGAGGGAGGCCAUGCGAGGUUAAUUGAUUUUGGUCUUUCCACCAUUACCCAACCCCUUCUCGGCCAGUCACAUUUGGCCGCGACAUCUAUACGUCCAGGUGCAGUCCGCUAUGCUGCACCAGAACUCGUUUUAUCGGAUGAUGUACGUGACCUGGACUCGGUGGAAAAAGCUGAUAUCUACUCAUUUGGUUGUGUAAUGCUUCAAAUUCUCUCGGGUCAGCCCCCUUGGUCUGAGGUCAAAUCUGAAAGGCUGGAGUUUCGCAUUGUUGUUAUGAUCACCGAAGGUCGUAGACCGCAGCGUCCAGAUGGUCAUCCAGAAAUAAUGGACUCUGAUUGGAACUUCAUCCAAAAAUGUUUGCAAUCUGGACCCGAACUUCGACCUUCAGCAGAUAAAGUACUUGAUUUUGUCAUGCAUAGGUUUCACUCUCCAGACUCUUGUAGUAGACCGCCUGACGAUCCUUUCGAUGAUGCGCCGGAUGAUUUCCCCAGAGCCUCCCCGCACGGUGGUUCUAAUGACUCAGAUACAACUGAACAACCACCCGACAGUCCACCACUCCACCCUAGUCGUGAACCAAAUCCUUCAAUCAUCUUAGAGCCUCGAAUUCAGGGACCUUCUGCACUUAACGACCACCCCCGAACAAUGCUCAACAAUUUGCUUCAACGAAAGUAUGGUCCGAGCGCAUCUAGCCAUGUAAGAUGGGAGGUCUAUCCCCAAGGACUUCCACACGCUCCUACCUGGCAUGCUAUAGUAUACAUCGAUGACAUGAUUUACGGCCAUGGCACAGCGCACAUUAAGCACGUAGCCACAGAAAUGGCAGCGGCGCAGGCUGUGGAACAGAUGGAGCGGACAGAUGUAUCGGGGUUACGGUGAUCUGAAAGAUCAAGAAGGUGUGGACUCGCCAAACUAAUCUCACAUAAAGAUAUGCGUGGAACUGGUUUGCGAGUUCUCAGCUGUAAUAUAAUAUUCAAACAUUAAUUUCAACAUCUCCUACAUCAGAGAAUUCAUGAGUCUACCCAGGGUGUUUUACGUUGAUUGCGGUGGUUUUCCGACGUUAUACAUGGCUUUACAUGACUUUAUAUUCCAAUAUAAAGAAAACCUUUCCUAUAUAUGACAAUAU